UGUUGCAGAGCAGAUAGAAAGAUGGCAAGGUGGAUUUUCGUUCUCGGAGCCCUGUGCGGUGUAAUUGGUACUCUACAAGGGCAAACUAACUACUGUACCACCAGCUACUGUACCGGAGGUCGAACAAACGUGGGAUGCAACCCUCCACCAUUGACUGGCGGACCGCUCUGCGCCGGUAAAAAUCCUGCUGUCAUCGAAAUGACACCGGCUCGUCAAACGCUGAUUCUCAAUGAGCACAACACGCGACGCUCGCAAUUGGCUUCGGGUCAACUCUCACCAUUUGCGCCUGCCAAGCGUAUGCCAACACUCGCCUGGGAUGCCGAACUUUCCAAACAGGCUGGCAAUAAUGCACGCUCCUGCGAUUACAAGCACGAUCAGUGCCGCAACACGGCUGUGUAUAGUUAUGCUGGACAGAACCUGGCUAUUUCAUAUUUCUACGGCAUGACUAAGACUGUCGAAACUCUGAUCACGGAGGGUAUUGCGAGUUGGUGGAGCGAGUAUAAGGACACCACGCAGGGGCAGCUCGACAAGUAUCCUAGCGGCUACACUGGUCCCGCCAUCGGACAUUUCACCCAGAUGGCUAGCGACCAGACAAACCGAAUCGGAUGUGCCAUGCAGUACUGGAAGAAGGACAAUAAGUGGGAGACGUACUACCUCGUCUGUGACUACGCGUUGACAAACAUGAUCGGCAGUGCGGUCUACAAGCAGGGUCCCGUCGCAUCCAACUGUACUACGGGAGUCAACACUAGCCCUGGGCUGGGCGGACUAUGCAAGCCGACGGAAGUUGUCAAACCAGUACCUAACUAAGAUGCAGAGUAGGUUAAGAAACCCCAAAAUUGAGACACAUCAGUUUUCACACCAGUUACUAAUGAAAAUGUGCGCAAAGCCUAGGUGCGAAGGCUUAUUUGCACAUGUGAAAUAAACUUGAGUUAAGAUGUGCCACGCAAGGUAUAC